UUUGUGAUCAUUGUCAGAUUGUUAUGGUACGUUUUAAAAUAUUCUCAAAAUAAUCGGCAAAAUGUAUAGAAAUUUAAUAAAAAUUAAUAAUCACCAUCUUAAAAACGUUUUAAUUAAUCAAAAAUGUACUCCGACAAUGACUGUCGUUCGAUAUCAAACGACUGAAUCGAAAUUCAAAUCGCAAAAGAAAGAUUUUGUGGGACGACCUUUGUAUUUAGAUGUCCAAGCUACAACUCCUAUGGAUCCUAGAGUUUUAGAUGUUAUGCUCCCUUAUAUGACCGCAUAUUAUGGUAAUCCACACUCAAGAACUCACGCUUACGGUUGGGAAACUGAAGAAGCUGUUGAAAAAGCCAGAGAACAAGUUGCUAACAUAAUCGGGGCUGAUCCCAAAGAAAUAAUUUUCACAUCCGGAGCAACUGAAAGUAAUAACAUUGCGUUAAAAGGUGUCGCUCGUUUUUACGGUGUUAAAAAGAAACAUGUUAUUACAACCCAAACUGAACAUAAAUGCGUCUUAGAUUCAUGUAGAGCGUUAGAAUCGGAAGGUUUUAAAAUAACCUACCUUCCAGUAGCACAAAAUGGGAUAAUCUCACUUUCCGAUUUAGAAGAAGCAAUGACUCCAGAUACCUCAUUAGUUUCUGUAAUGGCAGUUAACAAUGAAAUUGGAGUUAAACAACCUAUAAGUGAUAUAGGAAAAAUGUGUAGAGAACGAAAAAUUUUUUUCCAUACCGAUGCAGCUCAAGCUGUAGGAAAAGUACCUUUAAACGUAAACGAAAUGAAUAUUGAUUUAAUGUCGAUUAGUGGACAUAAAAUUUAUGGUCCAAAAGGUGUAGGAGCUUUGUAUGUUCGUCGUAGACCUAGAGUACGAUUAGAAGCUCUUCAAAGUGGAGGUGGACAAGAAAGAGGACUUCGAAGUGGAACUGUACCAGCUCCUUUAGCUGUUGGAAUUGGAGAAGCUUGUGCAAUAUCACAAAGAGAAAUGGAAUAUGAUCAUCGAUGGAUCGGAAAAUUAAGUCAAAGAUUAUUAGAUCAAAUUUAUGGAAAAUUAAGCCAUGUUAUACGAAACGGUGAUCCUAAUUAUACCUAUCACGGUUGUAUAAAUUUAUCUUUCGCUUACGUUGAAGGAGAGUCUCUUUUAAUGGCUUUAAAAGAUGUCGCUUUAUCGAGUGGAUCCGCUUGUACCUCAGCUUCUUUAGAACCUUCUUAUGUAUUGAGAGCUAUCGGAGCUGACGAAGAUUUAGCACAUAGUUCUAUUAGGUUUGGAAUCGGUCGUUUUACUACAAUUGAAGAAAUCGAUUAUACAGCUAAUAAAUGUAUCCAACAUGUAACAAGAUUGAGGGAAAUGAGUCCAUUAUGGGAAAUGGUCCAAGAGGGAGUUGAUUUAAAAACUAUCCAAUGGUCACAACAUUAAAUAGGAAGACUUAUCUCGAUUAUUUUAUAUUAUUAUUAUUAAGAUUUUAAUCUAUACAUAGGAUAUUAAAUCUUAGAGAUACAAAAAACAUUAUAUUAUUUUUUGGUAUUGUUAUGAAUGUAGUGAAAAUAAAGAUUUCAAAAAAUUA